GCACUCUAUGUGAAAAUGACGCCUUGUCAGGAUAAACAAGCUGCAGCAGCCAACGAUUAUGAUAAUGCCAAAGAGUACAAUUGUCAUCGGCGUCUGCUGCUCAACAUAGCCAAGGCUGUUAAACAAUUCAUUGAUCUCUGCAACAAUUUGGGCGCUAACUGCAGCACAGCAGCCUUCACAGCAUCCCCCUCCAACGGCGCCAACGCCAAUAAUUUUAAUACCAAUUCACAACAACAACAACAACAACAACAGCAGCAGCAGCAGCAGCAGCAGCAACAUCAUCAACAACAACAAAUAGAGCCGCAAUCAUUGUCAGUAGCGUCAGUUUCAUCAUCAGCAUUGCCUCCCAUACGACGUCAUAUCUCACAUACGACAGCUGUUAAGUUUUUAUAUGCUCGCAAGUUUGAUAUAGACCGCGCCGUCUCGCUCUUUGAGCAGCAUGAGCAGAUACGCCAAAGGGAGUUUCUCUACGACAUCAAUCCGGAUGUGGAGCCACUGCGCUCCGAGCUGCAAACGGGCAAAUUUACCAUAUUGCCUGCUCGCACUUCGAGUGGCGCAGCUAUUGCCGUCUUUACGGCCAAUCGACACAGUCCCUUGUGCGCCUCACAUACAACAACGCUGCAAGGAAUUGUUUACCAACUCGACUGCGCACUGCAGGACAAUGAGACACAGCGUGCGGGCCUUGUGUUCAUCUACGAUAUGAGCGGCUCCAAAUAUUCCAAUUUCGAUUACGAUCUGUCGCAAAAGAUUCUCACAUUGCUCAAGGGCGGCUAUCCGGCGCGAUUGAAGAAGGUGCUGAUUGUGACGGCGCCGUUGUGGUUCAAGGCGCCCUUUAAGAUCCUGCGCCUGUUUGUGCGCGAGAAGCUGCGCGAGCGAGUGUUCACUGUAUCGGUGCCGCAGUUGUCGUUGCACGUGCCGCGCAAGGCGCUCCCAUUGCAUUUGGGCGGCACGCUGUUAGUCGAUCACGCCACAUGGUUGCUGCAUUGCCGCCGCUCGAUGACGAACCGUGAAGACGAACUGCUUGCCAACAUUGUGGGCAGCGUGGCAGCCCCACAGCAGCCCCAGCUGCUCACCAACGGCACCAACACCACCAGCGCCACCACCAUCAUCAGUGCCGUGCAUCAGCUGGCGGACAGCAACACAACUGUCGUCACCGUCAGCGGCAGUGGCGAGCAGCAGCCCACACCAGCAACAGUUGCUGGCACCUCUAACAACUCGGCCACGCAGCAGCAGCAGCAGCAGCAACAGCAGCAGCAGCCGGCGGAGCCCAAUGAGAACAUCACAAUUAAUGGCUUGAGUCCCAGUCAUCGCGCUACUGUUGCCGCCGCCGCCGCCGCCGCCGCCGGCACUCAACUCAAACUCAAUACAAGCGACAGUCAAGUGGCUGCUGCCUCAGCAGCAAGCGGCGCAGCAACGGCAACGGCAACAGCAACACAAACAGUCAAUGGCAGCGGCGUUGCACGCACGGCCAGCGGCAAUCCCGCCGAGUUCUGGUCCGAGAAUCCGCCCAGCAGCGCCUCAUCCGGCUUUAGCGACGACGAUAGUCUAGCUGGCCAGGAAGGCGAUCCCAAGACAAUCGAAAUGAUUGUGCAAAUGGUCAAGGAUCUGGGACACCAAGGUCUGAUCAAGGAGUAUGCGGACAUCAGGAAUCGUGCGCCCGAGGGCACAUUUCUGCAUGCGCGCAUGCGCAACAACUUGACCAAAAAUCGUUAUACAGAUGUCCUAUGCUAUGAUCACAGUCGUGUGGUGCUGGCACGCGACGAGGAUGAGGACGAGCUCUCCGAUUACAUAAAUGCGAAUUUUGUCGAUGGCUACAAACAGAAGAAUGCAUAUAUUUCAACUCAAGGUCCAUUACCAAAGACAUCCCAGGACUUUUGGCGCAUGAUCUGGGAGCAACAUUGUUUAGUUAUAGUGAUGACGACGCGCGUCAUGGAGCGCGGGCGUGUUAAGUGCGGCCAAUAUUGGGAGACGACUGAAGAGACAACCUUAGAGUUUGGAAAUUACCAAGUGCGAACAAUUAGCGUUGAGUGCAAUGAGGACUAUACGGUUGCAUCGCUAGAAUUAAAGAAUCUAAAGACUGACGAAAUUCGCAAUGUGUCACAUUGGCAGUUCACCAGCUGGCCGGACUAUGGUGUGCCCAGCACUGCCAUGGCCAUGUUAAACUUUCUGCAAAAGGUGCGGGACAAGCAGGCACAGCUGGUGCGCGCUCUGGGCGACACCUGGGCCGGACAUCCGCGCGGUCCGCCCAUUGUGGUGCACUGCAGCGCUGGCAUUGGACGCACAGGCACAUUUAUAACGCUGGACAUUUGCAUAUCGCGGCUGGAGGAUGUGGGCACGGCAGAUAUACGCGGCACCGUUGAGAAGAUUCGCUCCCAGCGCGCCUAUUCCAUACAAAUGCCGGAUCAGUACGUCUUUUGCCACUUGGCGCUCAUCGAGUACGCCUACUCACGUGGCAUGCUCCAGACCGUCGACUUGGCUGGCUUCGAUGAGCGGGAACAGGAAUCCGAUUAAGCAACAAAUCUAACCACAACAACAACAACAACAACACAUCUUGUAUACAGUUUAUAUAUAUUCGAAAGUAAUGCUAUUU